ACUCCCAAGAUUUCUUCGACGAUAUUCUUGCUGAAUUGUUAACUAAAGAUUCAAUAGAACCUAAAAUUUCUGAUAAUAUACCCAGUUUUGUUGAUGAUUUGAUUAUCGCUCUUCCCAAUGCCUCGACAUAA